AUGUCGGGCUUCCCAGUCACCGAUGGCAUCACAACCUUUCUCGACCCGACAGGCCACGACGUCGACUUUGAGAACCCCCAAAGCCAGAACAAGUAUGACCACUUUGCGAUCACUGCUGUGCUGGGAUCACUGGCCCUGUUUUGUCUCUGCCAACGACUGUACACGAAACAAUUCAUUUUGACUGGCCUUCAAAUCGAUGAUGCGUCUGUGGUGAUGCAAUCCGUGCAAAUAUGGUCUAUAUCAAUUGGGGGUCUCUGCCACCAUGCGUGGGAAAUGCCGAUCCAAGUAUUCGAAAAACACAUGCUGCUCUUACAUUGUCGCCCCCUCUUCAUCACUUGCAAUGGACUCAGCAAAGCAUCCCUCCUCAUGUUCUACCUCCAGAUCUCACCCCAAAAGUACUUUAGGAUCGCCAUCUGGGUAGCCAUCGGUAUGGUUGCGACGUACACGAUCGUCAUUGCCGGCCUGCUGCUGUUCGCCUGCCGACCGAUUCGGGCAGCAUGGGAUCCAUAUCUCAUGGCUGAUGGGGACCGUCUUGACACAGCGGCGCUAUACAUCGCGAUCGCCAUUGCCAACAUUGUGUCAGAUGUGGUCUUGUUCAUUAUUCCCAUCCCCACGCUCUGGGGGUUGAAAAUGCCCGUGGCGCAGAAGAUUGGAGCUGCUGCCAUGUUCGGUAUUGGUUCCAUCACCGUGGCAACGUCUAUUGUCCGCAUGGUCUAUCUGCCUUUGCUUUUAGGAGCUACCGACAUUCCCUGGGUCGCUGCCCCAGCCAACGUGUGGUCAUUUGUCGAAGUCAACCUGUUUAUCAUCUGCGGUUCGAUGCCCACGCUUCGAAAAUUCCUAAAGCGAUUCAUACCCAAGCUUUUCGACUCGCUAGGUUCGAGGCCGUCCCAGGCGACUCCCUACCUCGUGUCCGGCAGCAAGCUCACUCGCGGGCACCGGACGGGAUAUAGUCAGUUCGGUGGUUAUGCGAUGGAAGACAUGCCAGACGGCCGAGGAGGUUUCAAGGAAAACGCUGGAUCUGCAACAGCCAACGUCAGUCAGGCCACUGGAAAGAACGAGUCAACGGCGACUGUUGUUGGAGAAGACAACGUUAGCGAGGAAGCGAUGUUGAAAGGCUGA